ACAGUAAUAAACAGAGAUUACUACGGCGGAGUCUGCCGGAGCUCAGAUUUGUUUAUUAACUGAAAAAUUACUGCUUUAUUCCACUUCUUUUUUCACUGCUUUAUUCCACUCCAACGUCGUCGUUUCCUGUGCUCUCCUUUGCUUCGUCUUCACACUCAUCCCAAUUUUGAUUCGCUCUACUGGAAAAAAAAAAAGAGGGGGAAAAAGCGCAAACAGUUGAUCUGCAUCCAUAAAACCCCCAAUCUCCUCCCCAAUUUCAGCCUUUUUUCACGCCGCAUUGCCUUUUUGUGUGUUUGGGCGGUGAUUCGACUCGCCGGAGAUCGCAAUGGGUUGCACGCAGUCGAAGAUCGAAAACGAAGAGACUGUCAACCGAUGCAAGGAGCGCAAGCAGUACAUGGAGCGCGCCGUCACGGCGAGGAACAAGUUCGCCGCCGCGCAUUCUGCUCACGUCAUGUCCUUGAAGAAUACCGGCGCCGCCCUCAGCGACUUCGCCCAGGGCGAGGCAAUUUACCCCUCCUCCACUGCCGCCGCUUCGCCCUCCGCCGCAAUCGGGAGUGCCGCCCCGCCUCCGCCCCCUCCCCUGCCUCACGCUUACGAGAAUUUCGCUCCUCCGCCACCUCCGCCGCUCGAUUCGUUCCCAAACAAUUCGCCGCUCCAGCGCGCCGCUACCAUGCCGGAAUUCGUGAUCCCCCGCCCCGGAAACAAUCACAAUCACGAGGAUCCAAUAAUGGAGGAAGAAAACGAAGAGGAUGACGAAUUGGAGAGUAGCCAUAGCUUGAAACGGCGUAGUAAGAGUAGUAAGAGUGCCGGUGGAGGUGGAAUCUCACCUCCUGAAGAUGCACAAGACAAGGUUUUGCAUCAGCAGCGGCCGCCUCCUCCGCCCUCGAAUUCGAUGUCUUGGGAUUACUUUUUCGGAACUGACAGCAUUCCAGGACCGACGCUAGCGGAUGUGGAGGAGAACAGUGUUGAGAGACAGGAGAUGGAAAGGAAUAUGCUUGCGGAAAGGGCAAGAAGAAAGGAAAUGGAGGAAAUAGCGAAGGCUGCUUCCAAAGCAGAGGCGGUGGAGAAGGUGAGUGAUCUUCCUCCACAGCCACCGCCACCAGAGGCUGCAAUGGCGGCAGUAAUGGCUGGGAAGAGAGCUAAACAAGUGGUUCUUCCGGCUGAGGGAAAGAAAAAGAGCGCGGCUAACGUGAGCCUCGUUCAGAUAUUUGUUGAUCUUGAUGAUUGUUUUCUUAAGGCUUCUGAAAGUGCACAUGAUGUUUCUCGGAUGCUCGAGGCAACUCGCUUGCAUUAUCACUCAAAUUUUGCCGAUAAAAGAGGGAAUAUUAAUCAUUCAGAAAGAGUGAUGCGUGUUAUUACUUGGAAUCGGUCCUUUAGAGGUUUGGCAAAUCCUGAUGAUGGAUUAGAUGAUUUUGAUUCGGAGGAGCAUGAAACUCAUGCAACAGUGUUGGACAAGAUGCUGGCAUGGGAGAAAAAGCUUUAUGAUGAAGUGAAGGCAGGAGAACAGAUGAAACUUGAAUAUCAAAGAAAGGUGGCCUCAUUGAAUAAGUUAAAGAAACGCAGUUCAAACACAGAUGGAUUGGAGAGAAUGAAGGCAUCGGUUAGCCAUCUGCAUACUAGAUAUAUAGUCGACAUGCAGUCCAUGGAUUCCACUGUUUCAGAAAUUAAUCGUCUACGUGAUGAACAACUCUAUCCAAAACUUGUUGCCCUUGUUGAUGCGAUGGCUACAAUGUGGGAGACAAUCAGAAGACACAAUGAGAACCAAUCCAAGAUUGUUCAAGCAUUGAGGUAUCUCGACAUCUCCCAAGCCCCAAAAGAAACGACUGAACACCACCAUGAGCGCACGCGCCAGUUAGGUGGUGUGGUUCAGGAAUGGUUUACAAAUUUCAGUGAACUCAUGGACCAGCAAAAGGAAUAUAUCAAAGCACUCAACUUCUGGUUGAAGCUAAACCUCGUUCCAAUAGACACAAACUGGAAGGAGAAAGUCUCAUCUCCCGGCCGACCUCAAAACCCCCCUAUUCAGACGCUCCUCCAAGCCUGGCAAGAAUACCUAGACAAGCUCCCCGAUGAGCCAGCAAGAGCGACCAUCAACAACUUUGCAGCCACAAUAAAGACUAUAUGGCAGUAUCAAGUGGAGGAGCUCGACUACAAAAACAAAUGUGCAGAAGCCAGAAAGGACCUCAUCAGAAAAACCCGAGAAUUUGAGAGUUGGUACAACAAGCAAAUGCAGAAGAGAUCACCCGCUGAUGACAUGGAUCCAGAGAGGGCAAUGGAUCAGAAUCACAUUGCUGAUAGGCAGCUCGCAGUUGAAGCUGCAAAGCAGAAAUUGGAGGACGCGGAAGAAUAUUAUCAGAAGCAAUGCAUUCAUGUUAGAGAUAAGUCCCUCAUGAGUCUGAAGAGCCAAUUGCCCGAACUCUUUAGGGCGCUGUCUGAUUUUUCUCUCGUCUCCUCGGAUAUGUACAGUCAUUUGAGUGGCAUUGCGCAUUCGCGCAGCAGGAAUGGGGUAUCCUAACGACGACUUCGCCUCUUUCUUUCUGCUGUGAGCUCCCUUCCUGCACGUGUAACUUUUCCUCAUGUAUUUUACAAAUAAUUAACCACUUAGAUGUGUUUUGUUGUGGAAUAUUGUUACAUCCUAUUUAUUUACUCCUUGAGUGUAUAGCCAA